UUGACAAAUUUUAAAUAAAGUAGAGUAUAAAAGCAAUGAAGAAAGGAUGUCACUUCAAUUGAUUAAAAAAAAAAAACCAUCAAUCCAGUAAGUAAAAAUGGUUCAAUUACGCAGUUUGACUCUUUUUGUUAUAUUCUCAGUGAUUGUGCUGAUUUCUGGUCAGCCUAGUCGACAAGAUUAUUGUCGAAUUUGCAGAACUCACACAAUGUGUCUUUUUCCCGAUCCAAACCCUCAUCGAGUUUGUCCUGUAUCACACGUGGGACUCAAUUCAGAUCAGAUAAGGGAAAUUUUAGAAUUGCAUAAUAGCCUUAGACAAAAAGUUGCAUCGGGAGGUGAAACAAGAGGAAAUCCUGGACCACAACCUCCAGCAAUAAGCAUUCCAGAUUUGGUAUGGGAUGAUGAAUUGGCAAUCAUUGCACAGAGGUGGGUUAAUCAAUGCAGAUUUAGUAUGGAUUCAUGCAGACACGUUCAACGUUUCUUUGUUGGUCAAAACAUUGGUGGGAAAUUUGUAACAACAGUUCCAUCCGAUAUAAUAACACAAAUUAUAAAUGACUGGUAUAAUGAGGUCGAGAAAUUCGAUUCCCGACAAGUCGAACGUGUCAUGGAUUACACACUAGUUCUUCGUUAUACCCAAAUGGUAUGGUCAACAACUAGAUUCAUUGGCUGUGGUUAUAUUAACCUCAAUCAUAACAAUCAGAUCAUAGCCACACUAGCUUGCAACUAUGGUCCUACAGGUAAUUUUAUUCGAGGAAAAAUAUACGACAUUAAACGCACGUAAAUUCAAAAAAAAUUUCUAGUAGAUUUUACAACUUUUCAACUACUCUCAAUAAUUCAAUAAGUCCUCAACUGUAACUUGAAUACUUUUUUUUAGUCAACUGAACUAUGAGAAUGAAGUCUGCAACGUUUUUGAAAACGAAAACGAAAAAAUAAUGCGUUUUUUUAAUUUUAAUUCAAAAUAAUGUUAUUUUUUAACAAUAAAAUUGUCUCUUAAGUAACAAUUAAUUUCUUAAAAAUUAACGCACAUGAAAA